CCAGUUCAUGUCCAUCGUGAUUUAGUUAAUUAAGUCCAGUCAGAGAGGAGAGAGAGAGGGAGAUAUUGAGAGAGAUUGAGAAUAAGAUUUGGAAGAUUCUUUGAUUAUCAUUGGAAAGUUAAUUACGUUGGAGAAAAGAAAAAAUCUCAACAUUGAUUUAGUUUCUUUUGUUGAAGGAUUUUCGUUGUUUUUUUUCUGUGGUCAUUUCGUUUUAUGUGAUCAGCUGAUUGUUAAUCACUAAUUGGAAAAGUUAAUCAACAUGAAAAUUGAGCAGAUCCAACAUAUUACCGAUGUCAUUGGUCAUUGGGGGAAAUGGCAAAGUAACAUUUUCUUUUUUUAUCUGACCACUUCCGUUUACUCCGCUUUCCAUAAUCUUGGUUUAUCUUUAAUGGCCCCGAGGGUUGAUUUUACCUGUGCCACUGCGAUUCAAAAGAAUUUGACUGACCAUUGUUACGCUGAUUUAGCAAAAACAAUUCCUUGUACCAAAUGGAUUUACGCUGAAACUUUUUUAGUCAAAACAAUUAUCUCUGAGUGGGAUUUGGUCUGUGAUCGAGCUUGGCUUGUAUCGAUUACUCAAUCGCUCUACAUGUGUGGUAUGACCAUUUCCGCUUUACUUUGUGGUCACUUUUCCGAUAAAUAUGGUAGACUUCCGGUUCUUUGGACAGCAGUGGUCACCGAAAUUGUUGCCGGACUUUCCUGUGCUUUCUCAAUCUCCAUCUAUCAAUAUAUGAUUUCCCGUUUUGUCCUUGCAAUCGGAGCCUAUGGAAGGUAUUUAACUGGCUUCAUGUUGGUCAUUGAAACGACUGGACCCGAAUAUCGAGCAACCAUGGGAAUCGUUUGUAGAUUUGGUUGGGCUUUGGGUUGUUUCAUAUUACCGGGAAUCGUUUGGUUGUUUGACAAUUGGCGACACGCACAAUUAGCGUUCACUUUACCUGAAAUUUUAUGGAUCAUCUGGUUAUGUCGCAUUCCUGAAUCUCCUCGGUGGCAGUUUGCUAUUGGUAAUACACAGAAAGCUCAAGAAGAAUUGAGAAGAGCCGCUGAACUUAAUAAACGUCGAUUAACCGGAAUCGAGGAUAAAUUGGAAGAGCUUAGAGAUAGAUUUGAAAAGGAAAAUUCGGGUGAAGGUGCAGAUCGAAAAGCUAAUUUCUUUGAUCUCUGGAAAACACCUAAUCUACGUAAGAACACAAUUAUCUUAAUUGUCGCUUGGUUCACAACGGGCUACGUUUAUUACGGUUUAUCCUUGAACAUUGGUGAUCUUGGUGGUAAUUUGUUGACCAAUUUUGCUAUAGCGGGUUUACUUGAAUUCCCGUCGUUUGGGUUAAGUUUGUAUGCGCUAAAAAAAUCGGGUCGUCGUUCGGUACAAUUUUGUAUCAUGUUUGCCGCUGGAAUCGGUUCAUUCAUCGCAAUUCCUUUCUAUUUCAUGCCAAUCAAAACAACAGCGAUUAACAUUGCCCUUGGAAUGUUGGUUAAAUUUUGUAUCUCCAUUUCUUAUUACACCAUUUACAUUUAUUCAGCUGAAGUUUAUCCAACUCUUGUCAGGCAAGUGGGUGUUGGUUGUAAUUCUGGUUUCUCAAGAUUAGGAUCAACUUUGGCUCCAUUCGUCAAAGAAUUGAGUCAUUAUACUCAUAUAACGGUUUCAUUUGCGACUUUUGGAAUCAUCUCAACGCUCAGUGCAUUUCUUGUACUUUUACUCCCAGAGACCAGAGGGAAGGAGAUUCCGGACACGUUGUUGGAAGCUGAAAAGAUCAGCCGAAAGUCUUGAUAAUCUUGUAGAGGAAGAAGGAAACAAUUAACAUGGGAUAAGGAAAAUAAUACAUGAUAGAUUAAAUAAUUACAAUGUUAUCGAUAACACAACUAAACUACACUGAUUGUUGGGUUGAUUGUUCUUGUUAUUGAUUAAACACUUGCAAAUUUCAAUAAAAAUAAACAAGUUUCUAUCAAAA